AUGGGUGGCCACCGCACGGGUCCAGCCGCCAUCUUCCGCGCCCCACACCCUCCACCCCCUCAUGCUUGUUUACCGGGCCAGUCCAAAACCGUGUUGACCAGGCUCGGGAAGGACGGGAACCCCCAAACUACACCAGCAACUACGUUCUGCCAGCCCAGCAGAGAGCCACGCAGACUCGCCAGGAAGGUUGGGGACGCGGCGCGGCGCCAGCUCUCCGCAGCCACCAGGGCUCUGGUGCACAGCGAGCAGAGCCCGGGCCGUAGCGCCAGGCCGGGCCACGGAGGAUCCCGAGUCCUCUCGCCCCGCCUCCGACCCUGGCCUCUUCCUCCGGCCCGGGUUGGGUCUUCCACUCCACUGUUUGGCUCGGAGAGGACGAGAGAGGUGCUCAGUGCGCAGGGGACCGACGCGGCCAUAAAUCUCCGUGCCAGCCCUCCUUCAGCUGCUCACUGGCGAGUGUUCCAGCCUGGCCUUGCAUCCCCAGCCCACCGGGGCACCCUGCUCUCCCGGUCACUGUGCAGGGAAUCAAGCCAGGAAGUCCCUGUGCACCAAAGAGAGGGAAUCGCCUUGCCCAGUCGGUACCAUCACCAGCCUUCCCCACGAGUGCCAGACCCAGAGGCGGCCGCGGGCUCACCGAUCACCGCCUUGGGUAGGGGUACGCGUGGGCUGGUGACUUCCUCCCAGGAAGGCCUGCUGAGGCUUGGAUGGGUGUGCAGCGGCUAUGGCACCACCGAGGGGCGAUUGAAGGUUGGGAACAGUGGCUUCUCCGCGGGCUCCUCAGCGGGUCACCUUCAUGGACCCAACAGGGGCGCGCAAAUCUCUCUGCUGGUCCUUACAUCAGCCGAGCAAGUGGAACGCUCAAUGGGGACCAACCACGACAAAAGGGGCCUUGGGAUACUGUUUGGAGACAGUUGCGGAGGAGGGGUGACAUUCACCCCUUCUUAGUUGCCUCCCAAAACCUCACACGGUGCCAGUGACACAACCCCGAACGGUGGAUGACAGAGGAGGCCGGGUGCAGGGCCUUUUGAAAAGCAGGCUCCGAGUCAGCUCUCACCGAAGGAACUCCAUCCAGCUCCCUCCUCAAAUUUCUAAAAGCACAGUUGGAGGCGCGGAGGGCAUCCGGCGGCCGGGCGCGCAGGAAUUUGCACGCUGGCCCCAGCGACGCUUCGGGAGCUCAGAGGCUGCCCAGCCACAUUCCGGCGAGCCGCCCCAGCGAGGCCCCAGCCCAGGAAGCGGCUCAGAAAACAAAGCACUGCGGUCUCAGCCCAAGGUUAAAGUCCACCGCGAGCGCCUUCCCCCCACCCCCAAUCUGAGAGCGAUAGCGUUUCUCCAAAUAAACCGCCAAUAAAUCAGCUCCCCGGCCGAGCCAGCUGAA